UGAAGGGGGAUAUCGGAUUUCCAGAAAUUAAAAGAAUCCGGCAAUCUCCCAACGCGGAUCUGUUCAAUGGCUCUCCGCUCGUGAGACCAGAAAUCCCUUCUCCCCUCCCACUUUUUUCCCGAUCUUUCGGGAUCCGGAUUCUCUUCCUGCUCGCCUCUCGGUUUGGGUUAAGCCAGACGGGAAUUUUUCAGAGUUUCCCUUUUGUAUGAUCUUUAGUCCGUGGCCCGGUUCAGGAAUUUCGCUUGCUCUUACUGCUUCCCGGGGAGGAGAGGUUGUCCUGUUAUAGAGAAAAACUCGGCAGCUCCAUAACUUUGAGGAUAUUCUGAUUGAUUGAUUCCCUCUGCUUGUGGACCUGUGGUGAAUCGCAAGUGAAAAAAAACAUGUUUUUGGUUUAACUUGUACGUUCCGAAGUUUGAAAAACCAAAAUUUUAGUGACGGGGCCGGUUUACUGUCUUAGUGGCGUUUUGUUUAAUUUAGACAUCUCGAACUUCGAGAGAACCGAUUUUCUCUUCUUUCUUUGUCUUGCUAUCUGAUCGAAUUUUGCCUUUUUUUUUUCCUCAUCCUGGACGGAAUUAUUAGUUUGGCUUGCGUUAGAGUUUCUUUUCUUUUUCUGCAGAGUUAAACCCUAGAAAGAUACUUCUCGAUCAGUUCUCAGCUUGAAACUUCAAAUUCGUGUUGUUGUUGUUUCUUUUUUUUUUUUGGCGUAUUUUGCUGUCCAAAACAUGUUUGGUCCCUAUAUUUUUCCAGUUCAGUAAUUUUGCUUUCUUUCCUCUUAAAUGUAUUCCAGUGCAUGGAAAAUUUUACAUUUUUUUGAAGAUCAUAUGCCCAUUGCCAUUAGGAAAUCUUGAAUUUUUUUUUCUUCAAAAUCUCCCCUUGGAUUUCUUCCACCGUUCAAAUAGUUGAAAUUUUUCUAUAGACUUGCAAGUUAGGUUAUUCUUAUAUCUAGAGAAAAUCUGGUUUUGUUGAUAAAUGUGGUUUUCAUGUUGGGUUUUCAAUUUUCUUAUAACUGUCGUAGAAGGUUGGUUUGAAUUUUUAUAGCUCUUCUGGAAUGCGUGCGAAUUCGAAAAGGAAGCUCAAGCGAUUGAAAUCAUCUGAGACCAACAUGCCUCCUACUGAUCAUUCUGCUAUACAGAGCCUAGACGAAUGCUUACUCUUCCCUGUUGAAGAGAUUGUCCAGUACCCUUUGCCUGGCUACAUUGCCCCGGUCUCUGUCAGCUUUAGUCCUGAUGAUAGCUUGAUUUCGUUCUUGUUCUGUCCCAACAAUUCUUUGAACCACAAUGUCUUCGUCUUCGACCCUGCAACACAACAGCAAGUGUUGGUUUUUAGUCCACCAGGUGGGGGCCUGGAAGAAAGCAGGCUGUCUGCAGAAGAGAAGCUGAGGAGGGAAAGGCUAAGAGAAAGAGGGUUGGGAGUCACCCGGUAUGAAUGGGCAAAGUCUUGCUCUAAGCCUGCCAAAAUCAUGAUCCCUCUGCCUAGCGGGAUCUAUGUUCAGGAAGUUCCUGGUCUGGAGGCCGAACUUAAGCUUCCUAGUACUUCUUGCUCCCCAAUAAUUGAUCCUCACCUCUCUCCAGAUGGAUCUAUGCUUGCGUAUGUAAGAGAUCAUGAGCUAUACGUUCUAAAUUUGUCAAGCGGUGAAUCCAAGCAGUUAACAUCUGGUGCUAAGGAAACUGCAAAGACUCAUGGUCUUGCUGAGUAUAUUGCACAGGAGGAGAUGGACCGAAAAUCUGGUUUCUGGUGGUCAUUAGAUGGAAAACACAUUGCAUUUACGCAAGUUGAUGCAACUGAAAUACCACUUUUCAGAAUCAUGCAUCAAGGUAAAGAUUGUGUUGGCUCUGAUGCUCAAGAAGAUCAUGCCUAUCCAUUCUCUGGCACUUCAAAUGUUAAAGUGCGCCUUGGUGUUGUUUCGGCUUCUGGCGGUGAAAUUACAUGGAUGGACCUUCUUUGUGGCACACAGGAUAAAGACAGAGAUGAUGAAGAGUAUUUAGCAAGAGUCACAUGGAUGCCUGACAAUGUUCUUGCUGCUCAGGUUCUGAAUAGAUGUCAUUCUAAGCUAAAGAUAAUUAUGUUUGACAUCAGUACGGGUCAUAGGACACUCCUCUUGGUGGAAGAAUCUGAUGUCUGGAUUAAUUUACAUGACUGCUUUAUGCCACUCCACAAGGGUGUCAACAAGUUUGCAAAAGGCUUUAUAUGGGCUAGUGAGAAGACUGGCUUUAGGCAUCUUUAUCUACACGACAGGAAUGGUAAUUGCUUAGGCCCCAUUACUGAGGGCGAUUGGAUGGUUGAGCAAAUUGCUGGUGUAAACGAGAAUGCUGGACUUCUUUAUUUUACUGGGACCAAAGAUGGACCUCUGGAGUCCAACUUAUACUGUGUUAGCUUAUUUCCUGAUUGGACCCAUACAUUACAGAUACCCCAGAGGUUGACCCAUGGGAAAGGGAGACAUGUGGUUGUCCUAGAUCAUCAGAUGCAGAGGUUUAUUGAUAUUCAUGACUCUCUCAAUACACCCCCCAAAGUGUUUCUUUGUUCACUUCUUGAUGGAAGCUUGUUGAUGCCCCUGUUUGAGCACCCACGUACUGUUCCUCGAUUCAAAAGGCUUCAACUAAUGCCACCAGAAAUUUUUGAGGUCCCAGCAGUUGAUGGUACUAUACUUUAUGGUGCCCUGUAUCGACCUGAUAGUAAAAGGUUUGGGCCUCCACCAUACAAGACCUUAGUCAGUGUCUAUGGUGGUCCAAGUGUCCAAAUUGUUUAUGAUUCAUGGUUGAAUACUGUUGAUAUGAGAGCACAAUAUUUUCGGAGCAAAGGCAUCCUAGUUUGGAAGUUGGACAAUCGAGGCACAUCACGACGGGGACUGAAAUUUGAAGGUGCUUUGAAGCACAACUUUGGCCGCAUUGAUGCUGAAGACCAGCUUGCUGGUGCAGAGUGGCUUAUAAAACAAGGACUUGCCAAGCCAGGACAUAUUGGACUAUAUGGCUGGAGUUAUGGUGGCUACCUGUCCGCCAUCACCUUGGCAAGAUUCUCUGAUACCUUCUGCUGUGCUGUCGCUGGUGCUCCCGUUACCUCUUGGGAUGGUUAUGACACUUUCUACACAGAAAAAUAUAUGGGCAAACCGGCAGACAACCCAGAUGCCUAUGAAUAUGGGUCUGUCAUGUAUCAUGUGGAUAAACUCAGAGGAAAAUUGUUGAUUGUGCAUGGGAUGAUUGACGAGAACGUUCACUUUCGGCACACAGCAAGGCUUAUUAAUGCGCUCAUUGAUGUUGGUAAGCCAUAUGAGCUUCUAAUCUUCCCUGAUGAGAGGCACAUGCCUCGCCGGCAUCAGGAUCGGAUUUAUAUGGAAGAGAGGAUAUGUGAGUUUAUUGACAGGAACGUAUGAUAAGUAAAUGGCUACCUAUCUUUUUGUUUGCGUCUCCAUUAAGCCUAGGUGGCAAGGUCUCUUGGUCGUGCUGUCUGGUGCUUUUAGUUGGAACUAUGAACGAAGUCUGUCUGCGUGCCAGAUUCUGUAUCAGAAGAAGCUUUCUAGGAACAAUUGGAAGAUGAGAAGAUUUGUCACUUGGUGCAGUUAAAAA